AUGCUGAAAUUAUUGAUUUUCUCGAUUUUUGUGCUGAAAUUCGAGAGCAAGGGAAUUUAUAUUGUGGAGGAACGCGAUGGAAAAACGUAUACACAAGCUGUCAGGUAACCUUUGCUUCUAGAUCAGAAUUUUGUGCUGAAAAUCGUGAUUUUCAGCGUUUUCCUGGUUUUUCAUGAUUUUCAGCGCGAAAUUUCAGCCGGGAAACUUUUUUGAAUGAAAAAAUAUGAAAAUUUUGAAUAAAAAUUAAUUUCCGGUCAAAAAUAUUGUUCUAGAUCAGAAUUUUGUGCUGAAAAUCAUGGAAAACCUCAAUUUCAGCGAUUUCCAGGUUUUUCAUGACUUUCAGCACAAAAUUUUGAUCUAGAAACAUAUUUUUGACCUGAAAUUAAAUUUUUGUUCAAAAAUUUCAAAUUUUUUCAUCCAAAAAAGUUUCCUGGCUGGAAUUUUGUGCUGAAAAUCAUGGAAAACUUCAAUUUCAGCGAUUUCCAGCUAGAUUUCCAAUUUCAGCGCAAAAUUCUGAUCUAGAAACAUAUUUUUGAAGAUUUUUUUGGCUUCUAGGCAUAUUUGAUAUCAAAAUGCUCCAAAUCCAAUGCCACGUGUCAUUUUCAGCGCGAAAAAUCCCGAAUUCAAAUUUUUUUCUAUUAUUUUCAGUGAUCCAACUUCAACCGAAAAAAUUGGCGAGCAAAUUCGAAAACUAUUCGAUUUUGAUUUUGAGAAAUCCGAAGGAUAUCAAAAAAUUUCGAAAAUUUCCGGCGUUUCCGAAUUUAUGAGAAAUUUGUACAAGGAAUUGGAGAAUGAGGAGAUACAGUAAGAUUUUCGGGGGGGGUACUGUAGCUACAGUACUACAUUUCAUUUGUUUUUCCAGCCAAGACCCAGAUGAAGAUGACGAUGAAGAUGAAGAUUUUGAAAAAGCCACGUGGCAAAACGCCGACCGUAUUCUCACCACCCAACUUUCCGAAGAGGUCUCGCCACGAAAAAAAAGUGGCGCGAAAAAUUUCGCGCUCAAAUUUUCGCGCGGCCGCGAUGACGUGGCAUCGAAAAUUGUGAAGGCCGAGCUGAGAGCCGAGAUUUUGAGGUCAAAAAUCGUGGCGGACACAUUUUGGGUGGUUUUUGAUACAGAAGGGUGAGUCUCUGUGGUUACUGUAGAUUUUUGGCGCCAAAAUUUGAUCUACAGUAGUCAAAUUCGAUGCCACGUGGCAAUAUUGGCGGGAAAAUUUGAAUUUUCCAGAAUCUCCCCCAAAAAACACCAAAUCACCCCGGAAAAUCCGCGAAUCGUCGCUGACGUCAUCGAUUUUUGGACAAUGUCUGCCGCCUCCUCAAAUCCCACUAUCUCUUUCACUCUCGUGACGUCAUCGGAGCCUGAAGCUGAUGACGUCACAAAUGAUGACGUGGCACAGGAGCUCGAGAUUGACGCAUUUAUUGUGGUUGGUGUGAAAGAUGUGCAGGCGGCGGCGGGGCCGAAACGAAGGUACGGUAGGGAAAUUUUUGAAAAUUCUAAAAAAAUCGAUAAUUUUGAGCUAUGACGUGGCAAUUUUGUCUGAAAAUUCGAGAAAAAUCGAUUUUUUCGGGUCAAAAAUAUUCACUGUUUCAAAAUUUUUAAUGAAAAUUGAGCUAUGACGUGGCAAAUUCAAAUUUCAGGUCUCGACGCGCUGUGACCGCGUCGCCUCUCAAUGUUCCGCAACGCGUACGCCGCAGCAAAUCCGCGUAUUUCGAGAAACGUGAGUUUUGUGUACUUCUCCCGGACAAUUUUUGUUGUCCGAGAGAAGUACACGGGGUGAAAAAAUGAAAAUUCAAUUUUUCCAAUUGAAAAGUGGCAAAUGCGCUCUAUUGAGAAUUUUGCGGGGUUGGGAGGGUUUUUGAAUAUUUUUCGAGCAAAAAUGGGGUUUUCAGUGAGAAAUUGUGAAUUUUUAUUUAAAAAUCAUCAUUUUUCACAAAUUUCACCUCGAAAACCUGAAAAAUUCAAAUUUUCUAAUUGAAAACGUGGCAAAUGCGCUCUAUGGAGAAUUUUGUGGGUUUUCGGGGAUUUUUGAAUAUUUUUCGAGCAAAAAUGGGGUUUUCAGUGAGAAAUUGUGAAUUUUUAUUUAAAAAUCAUCAUUUUUCACAAAUUUCAGCGUAAAAAACAUGAAAAAUUCAAAUUUUCUAAUUGAAAAGGGGCAAAUGCGCUCUAUUGAGAAUUUUCUGGGUUUCUAGGGAUUUUUGAAUAUUUUUCGAGCAAAAAUGGGGUUUUCAGUGAGAAAUUGUGAAUUUUUAUUUAAAAAUCAUCAUUUUUCACAAAUUUCACCUCGAAAACCUGAAAAUUUCACAAAAUACACAAACUUUCAGCUGAAAUUGAGCGUUUUCUAAUUGAAAAGUGGCAAAUGCGCUCUAUGGAGAAUUUUGCGGAGUUGGGAGGAUUUUUGAAUAUUUUUGAGCAAAAAAUGUGAAUUUCAGCUCAAAAUUCACCAAUUUUCAGCGGAAAAGAACGAAAUUUGUCAGAAAAAGGGAUUAUACGUGGAUUUCGACGCGUUGGGUUGGAAAAAGUGGGUAAUUGCACCGGAGGGAUUUUCGGCGUUCUAUUGUUCGGGCGCCUGUUCGGUUCCUUUCGAUAAAUCGAUGAAUGUCUCGGCUCAUGCGAUUGUACAGAGUAUGGUGAGUUUUUGGGUGGGAAAAUCAUUGAAAAUCAUGAAUUUUGAGCUAAAAAUCGUUAAUUUUCGAGUUUUUUGAGCUAAAAUUCAUGAAAUUUCAUAAAUUUUAGCUAAAAAUCAUGGAAACUAAUGAAAAAUCCCAUUUUUCCCCUUGAAAAAUUCAAAAAUCCUGCAAUACCUUUCGAAUUCUCAAUAGAGCGCAUUUGCCGCUUUUCACAUGGAAAUUUGAAUUUUUCAAGUUUCCCGGGUCAAUUUCACCUCAAAAUUCAUGCUUUUCAGCCAAAUUUUUUUCAGAUAAAUCUGGUGCGUCCCAACAUAACUUCUGAAGCCAAAUGUGUUCCAUCGAAACUUUCAUCGAUGAAAAUUCUGCUAGAAGAUCACAAAAAAGAUAUGCAAAUCAAGAGAUAUCAUGAUAUGGUUGUGCAAGAAUGUGGAUGUCAUUAG